CGGUGGCGGCGUGGCGGUAGACAGCGAAGAAGAGUCCCAAUACGACAGCGGAAAAUACAUUCAUCAUCUCUGUCUUCAUAUUUUGACUUUGACUUUGAAAACUCCAACAUUUGACCAUCUUCACAUAACCUCCAAAUUCCCAAUCUCAGAUCGUUUUCUCCUCCAUUUCCUUCAUCAAUUUCACGAAGACCGAUAACAAUGGCGGGAUUGUUUACGUACGCCAUCGGCGGCGGCGGAUUAUUCCUUAUCGGCGCUUCUGAAUCGAUUAUCUCAACCUCCGAAACCCUAAAACAAAUCUCCCGUUCGUCGUCUCUCUCAUCAACACCGCUUCCAUCGUCGAUUGCUCGAUCAAAAUCGGUUUCGUUCGUUACAUCCUUAACUUUCUUCGCAAUCUCUCUUAUUUCCUUCUUAUUCAUCUUAAAUUCUUUGAUUUCCAUAAUCGAUGCUCUGAAAUCGAAAGAUCAAACCGGCGUUGUUCUUCAAUUUGAGGUGAUUUCGAUUUCCGCUUUGUUUUUCCUUUUCUCUGUUUUAGGUAUAUUGACAAAUCUUCGAAUAUCGUUCCAAUUUCCAUCGUUAAUCCUCAACACGCUCUGUCUAUUCGGUUUCGUCGAAGAAUUCUUCCUUUUUUACAUCCAGAAGAAAGAUCCAGAUGGAAUUGAGAAUCGUUACUAUGAUCUAUUGCUUGUUCCAAUCUCUAUCUGUAUCGUUUCCACCAUCCUCGAACUCAAAUCCCCAAAAUCAAACUAUUCUCGAUUAGGUCGUGGAGUUGGACUGGUUUUGCAAGGUAUGUGGUUCAUACAGAUGGGAUUCUCCUUCCAUUCCAAUUUGAUUUCCAAUGGUUGUUUCAUUCGUGAAAAGAGUAGAGGAAAUUUCACCAUUAGAUGCAAAGGACACCCUGAGUUUCACAGAGCUAGAGCCAUUGCCACCCUGCAAUUCAACUGUCAUCUUGCACUUCUUGUCUGUUUCAUUACUGGAGUUUACAGUUUCGUUAGCCAAAAGCAUGGUGUUAGCCAUGAAUCAAUGCAAUAUAAACCGCUUGGUGCCGAGAUGCAGCAUUUGGAUUUGGAUCAGACUCAGUUCACUUUGGAUAGUGAAGAUGAUGAAGAUGAUCAUGGUGUUGUUAAGGAUAAGGAAAAUGUGUUCAUCGACAAGAUUCCUGCGAUCAACGGGUAUGGUUCUGAUCACUAAAAUGGUUUGAUUUUUGGGGAUUUUUUGGUGAUUUUGGAGAUGAGAUUAGAGAUUGAAAUCGAUAAAGAUUACAAGUUUGAACAUCUACACAUCCAAGCUUUUGCUACAAUUUGGGCAUUGUAAGCAUUAUUUUGAAUCUUGAUUUCUGUUAUAGUUUUUGUUUAUGGAUCAUGAUGAUGAUGAUGAUGAUGAUGAUGGGUUAAAAGAUAGUUUCUGGUUCAUCUAUUUGCUUCAAUCCAGACCCAUACCUGCUUUCAUUUGCAACCUGCAAACAUUAUUUGGAUAUUGAUUCUAUGUAUCUUGAUAUUGAUUCUAUGGAUCUUGAUGUUGAUUUUG